AUGGCAACCUGGCUGUCCGCCGCCGAACUCCAACCCCGCCAAACCCGCGUCGUCACUCAGACCAUCACGCGCCCGUUCACCACCAUCACCGCCGUCGUCACCCUUGGCGACGGGCCCACCACCAGCACUUCUCUCCUUCCAACCGCGACCAGCACUCCCGGACCCCCUUCAACCCCGGACCCCGCAACCGCGCUCUCCGCCGACGCUGACGCGCUUACGCCCUCCCAGCUGGGCGCCAUCCUCGGCGCCGUCCUCGGCGUCGCCUUCGUCGUCCUGCUGGUAUGCUGCAUCCUGUCGCUGCAGCGGCGGCGGCGGCAGGCGCUGCGCGAGCAGGAGAUGUACUACUACUACGGCGGCGGCGGCGAGGAAGAGGAGAGCGAGUACAGCGAGAGCGAGGUGGUGAGGCAGGAAAGGGUGCGGCGAACGCCGGCGUGGAACCGGCGUCACCCGCAGCCCCAGCCGGUGUACUCGUCGUGGGACCAUGGCGCCCCUGGAGCGGCGGGCUUCGGCGGCGCCGGCAGCACGUGGACCACGGUGCCGCCGCCCGUGAGGUUCCCGCCUACGCCGCGGUAUACGCCGUAUCGGCAGACCAGGGAGAGGCAGAUUCAUGGCGUGCAGAGAUAUCCUUGA